UUAGCAGAGGGCGGAAUUGCUCAUGGCAAAAAUCAAACGUCAAUAGAGUUGGAAUGUUAAAUUUUAUCGACAUAUUCAGCUAUCGAUAAAUUCAGUCACCUUUUAUAUUUCUGACUUUAACAUUAAUCUCUUUGAUUAGCUAGUCGACCAUUUGAUUUUGACCUCUUUGAUUAGAUUAAAAGUAAAUUGAAUGACAUUUAAUUACCAUUUCUGUCACUAGUCCUUUUGCAACUAAUUCACGUUUGAAAAAAAUGGUUAAUCCAAGACGAAAAACAGCCACCAAAUGCAUAAAGAAGUAUCCUUGUCUUACUUACGUCGAAAACAACUCAACAAUAUAUACUGAUAAUUUCAGUUUAAUCGAUAGUCGAUAAAAUUUUACGUUCCAACUCUAUUGACGUUUGAUUUUUGCCAUGAGUAAUUCCGCCCUCUGCUAAUUAGUUGUUUUUAGUCGUCUCGCCUAUUGUCACAAAUAGCAUUAAUGCUAGCGCCCUGUUAGGACAAAUUUGGAAAAAAAAUUAAAUGGAAAAGCCCACCAAAUGGGGGCAGCACCAGUCGUGCACGUAGCGAAUAAAGACAACAAUGGUUCUGAUAAGAACACUGUUGUGUGUAAUGAACACGCUCUCCUUACUGAUAUCUCUAUGGUGUAGUUCAAGGUAAAAAUGGCCCAGAUAACGAUCACCCUCACACUUCUCGCCGCGCUCCUAAUGUUGCAAGGUGUCAGCGCAAAACGUGGAUGUUCUGCGUUCGGUCACUCCUGCUUCGGCGGGCACGGCAAAAGAUCCGGGGACACCAACAAUAUAGACUCCUCUAAUCCAGAGCUGAUGAUGCAGCGACAGAUGGGUCAAGAAGAAACCCCGCCACACCCUGGCUACCCUCGUUCCGGGUUCAGUGGCCUGCUCCCUGCUGGUGAUGACAUCAUCCCUGUAAGAGAUGGAGGUAUCUACGACCCGGAGAACAGUGCCGCUGCCCGCGAGGUAAUGAAGUUUAAACUUCGGAACAUCGUGAAGCACUGGAUGGACAACUACAGGCGAGUGCAGCCGAACAAUGACGAGGGCUACUUCGCAGAGACAUUGUAAAUUAUGCAACUGUAACACUAUGUGCUAUUAUAGUACAGUCACGUAAAAGCUUGGUUUCCAUACUUGGUUCUGAACUACGAAUGAAAGCAAUACUAAUUUAAAUGAUUUCUAAAGUGCGUUUUUGCAAUAAGUGUAAUGAUUUAUUUUUUAAAUGAAUGAAAAAGUUAAGCUACCGAAGUGAAAACGAUUUAAAAUGGCUUCAAAAAAUCGUUUUAGGUUAGCUGAAGAUUAACUUAAACGAGUUGCUGAAAAUCUAAAACUGUGGAUGAAUGGAGCUAUUUAUUGCGUCCCUCGAUAUUUUUUGUAAAAGGUUCUUAAAAAACUUAUGAGCAAGUGACACUUGUAAAUCGUUCUUAAAAAGUAGGAAUAACUACACAUGUUUCAAACAAAUAAAAAAAAUCCACUGAACGCUAUGUUAACCAAGCUUUUUAACACUCAAAAUAUAACCAUGUGAAUGUCACUGGAACCUGAACUCUCUUCCGUAUAGUCUUAGGUAACAUAGUUGAACUGCAUUCUAUAGAAACUAUUUGUAAAAUAGUUCUUACAAAGUCAUGAACAAGAAUGUGUCUUUAAUCGAACAGCUGGUUAGAUUAAACACACUUAUAUCUUGUCGAUUUGAAAGAAUUAUCAUCCGAUGAUUUGAGGUAAAAACAGUCAAUUUAUUAAAAGGCGCUAAGAAAAUAUGUUUCUUUGACAGGUUUGUAUAAAACAAUGUAAUUAAUAUUACUGAUCUUCAAAGUUGAACGCAUGCUUCUGAAUGAUUUUUUUUUCUGAUGGCGCCUACUAGGUCGAACUUAAUGUACCCUAACUUUAAUAUUAUUGGCCUAACUUUCUUAAAAAUAAUAAUUUGAUCACAUUACCUACCCCUAUUCUAAUUACCUACAUAAAACCUCCGUUAAUUUAUUUAAGAUUCUAGUUUAAAUAUAUUGGAAGAACUGUGACUAGCUAAAAGAAAAUCGAGAAGGAUUUAUAUCUAUCAAUAAAAUAAAACUAUAACCGGUAGAACCGAUGUAGACAUAUUUCUAAUUAUGAACGAAAUUCGUUUCAGCUUGAAUAUUGUCUUUAAUCAGAAAAUUGUUUAAAUCCUAUCCUAAAUAAAGUCGCCGUCAAUAGAACUUGUGAACAAUGUAAACAAACCUUGUAGUCAAAAUGUAUUUAAUUUGCAUUCUAACUCAUCAGGUACUGGCUAAAUCCAU